UCAAACUCCUCGCUGUCAAAUGCCUCCUUCGUCCUUGCGGCUCUCACGGCCGGAGGCGGCGCCAUUGGAUAUGCUAAGACUGGCUCUGUUCCCUCAAUUGCCGCCGGUUUUCUUGUUGGCUUCUUGUACGGCGCCGGAGGAUAUCGCAUUGCCAACGGCCAGCCUUACGGCAUUGAGCUGAGCCUUCUUGCCUCGGCUGUCUUGGGAGCUUCAGCCAUCCCUCGGGCGAUCCGCCUCAGGAAGCCUGUGCCCAUCUUCCUCAGCAUCCUGUCGACCUAUGGUCUUCUCACUUUCGGUUCUGCGCUGCGCAGGGCCUAG